AGCAUCACUACCUUCUUCACGUUCACCACCACAAAACUCUACCACUACUAAUAUCUACCUAUAUACCUUUCCUUUUAUUUUUAUCUUUCACAAUGCUUCACCAACAUAUUCAUCACUUUGAGUUUGACAUGGAAAACUCCCAACUCUUCCAAUUCCUUGCUGCCAACAACCCCUCAUUCUUUGACUACUCCCCAUCUAACACUACCAUGCACCAAAGUUUCUCUACUUCAUUAGAAGUUUCUGAAAUUACGGAUACACCCUCGCAGCAACAAAGAGCUCUGGCUGCUAUGAAGAACCAUAAGGAAGCUGAGAAGAGAAGGAGGGAGAGAAUCAAUUCACAUCUUGACCAUCUUCGCACUCUUCUCCCUUGCAAUUCCAAGACAGACAAGGCUUCUCUACUUGCAAAAGUAGUUCAACGAGUGAAAGAGCUAAAACAACAAACUUCCGAAAUCACUAAACUAGAAACCGUUCCAUCAGAAACCGACGAGAUAACCGUUCUCUCAACCGGCGGCGACUACACCGGCGACACCAGACUCAUUUUCAAAGCCUCAUUAUGCUGCGAGGAUCGCUCCGAUCUAAUACCGGAUCUCGUCGAUAUCCUCAAGUCUCUUCACUUGAAAACUCUAAAAGCUGAAAUGGCUACACUUGGUGGAAGAACGCGUAACGUUCUUGUGGUUGCUGCUGAUCAUAAAGAACAUAGCAUUGAAUCGAUUCAUUUCCUUCAGAACUCGUUGAGGUCUUUAGUGGAUAGAUCGACUAGUUGUAAUGAUAGGUCGAAACGACGUCGUGGGUUGGAUCGAAGAAUGAUGCAUUAACAGAGUUGCAGGAGUACUGUCAAAUGUGAUCAUCAUCAUGACCUCGUUUUCAUUCCCUUUUUUCUGUUUUCAGUUUUUUUUUAAUAGGUUUUCUUUUGUUUUUUUGUUGCUUUUUGUUUUUAGAGACUUGGAAAAAGUUUAUUAAUGUCAUCUGAUUGUUCAAAUAAUUAAGAUUUGUAAACUGUCUCU